GGGUCUGGUCCGGGCAGGGGUCCCCUCCCGGGGACUGGGGCAUCCUGGUGCAGCCGAGAGGCGCGGAGCCCGCCGGGGGCGGCAAUCGCGCCGCAGCGCCCGCUCGCUGAACUGCGUGGGCAGGCGGGCACUGGGGCUCCAGGGCGCUCCGAGGGCAGGGUGCCCAGACUUCUCCGGGGAGCCCCAAUUCCGUGGAGCGUCCAGAGCGAGCGCGCGCCAGCCCCACCGGACCUUGCGCUCAUCCCCCGCGUACCCCACUUCUACACAAACUUUUCUGACACCCUCACCCGUGGGGGUCGCGGAGAGCGCUGGGCUGCCCGUUGGGCUCCUGCCCCGCCGGACCCUAGCCACGCUUGACCUCCUGCCUCUCGUGGCCUCAGUGGCGACCUCUCCAGGCCGGGCCGGGCACGGCAUCCCAGGCGAGCGCGGCAACGACCGCUGCUCUCCGAAGGCUCCCGCGCCCCCCGGGGCAGCUGGGCGGGGUAAUGCCCUCGGUGAUGGAGAAGCCGAGCGCGGGCUCCGGGAUCCUGUCCCGCAGCCGGGCCAAGACGGCGCCCAACGGCGGACAACCCCACUCGGAGGAUGACAGCAGCGAGGAGGAGCACUCGCACGACAGCAUGAUCCGCGUUGGAACCAAUUACCAGGCCGUAAUUCCGGAGUGCAAGCCUGAGAGCCCCGCACGCUACAGUAACAAGGAGCUGAAGGGGAUGUUGGUGUGGUCGCCCAACCACUGUGUGUCAGAUGCCAAGCUUGACAAGUACAUUGCGAUGGCCAAGGAGAAGCAUGGUUACAACAUCGAGCAGGCACUGGGCAUGCUCCUGUGGCAUAAGCACGACGUAGAGAAGUCUCUGGCUGACCUGGCCAACUUCACCCCGUUCCCGGACGAGUGGACGGUAGAGGACAAGGUGCUGUUUGAACAGGCCUUUGGCUUCCAUGGCAAAUGUUUCCAGCGGAUCCAGCAGAUGCUGCCUGACAAGCUGAUUCCCAGCCUGGUGAAGUAUUACUACUCUUGGAAGAAGACCCGCAGCCGGACCAGUGUGAUGGACAGACAGGCUCGGCGGCUGGGGGGCCGAAAGGACAAAGAAGACAGUGAUGAGCUUGAAGAGGGACGAGGAGCCGUGAGUGAGGGGGAGCCGGACGCUGGAGACCCCAAGAGAGAGCCUCUGCCCUCUCGGCCCCUGAAUGCCCGCCCAGGUCCAGGAAAGAAGGAGGCCCAGGGGUCUCAGUACCGCCACCAUCCGCUGCGAACUCGGCGGCGCCCUCCCAAGGGCAUGUACCUGAGCCCUGAGGGCCUCACUGCCGUGUCGGGGAGCCCGGACCUUGCCAACCUCACACUUCGAGGCCUCGACUCCCAGCUCAUCUCCCUCAAGCGCCAGGUGCAAAGCAUGAAGCAGACCAACAGCAGCCUCCGCCAAGCCCUGGAGGGGGGCAUCGAUCCACUCCGCCCCCCUGAGGCCAACACCAAGUUCAACUCCCACUGGACCACGGAUGAGCAGCUUUUGGCAGUACAAGGUCCAGAUUACAUCUGUGUCGACAUCAGGACCCCGAUCGGGGCCCCCUGCGCCGCCCCCUCCUCCGCCUCCCACCUCGCUGUCCCAGCCACCGCCACUGCUGAGGCCACCUUUGCCCACGGCUCCCACCCUGCUCCGCCAGCCACCCCCACUCCAGCAGGGCCGCUUCCUCCAGCCCCGGCUGGCCCCCAACCAGCCCCCACCACCUCUCAUCCGCCCUGCCCUGGCUGCCUCCCGCCACGGUGCCCGCCCGGGCCCUCAGCCCGCACCCACCCUGGCUGGAGCCCCCCUGGAGCCUCCAGCACCCUCGCUCUGAGCCCCGAGGCCUUCCGCCAACCGGAGGCUCCAGAACCCCUUUGCCGGAUGUCCUCAGGGACCUCCAGCUUCACUGAGGACAGAAGAGACUAGAGCUCUCGCCAGGUCUUUCGAAGACCCAGCGCUGCUGACGGGGGCACAGCCUGGACCCCCGCGGGUUCUGCACGUCUUUCUGGCAGCCAGCGUGUCUCCACCCCCUCCCCAGCCAGUGUCUGGGGCCUUCUGAGCUGGCCCGAGGGUACUUUUCCUGGCUGGGACUGGAAUGGCUGCCUCCUAGUCUGCCAGGGCCUGGCCUAGGGGUCCUGCCCUUCGUGCGUAGGGGGUAGUGACCAUAGCCUGGGGGUGGGGGAGAGGACAGUUUAGUGUGUUGGCUGUUCUU